AUGGCGCCGAAAGCCAAGAAGCCUAAGAGGACAACCUGGAAGUUUGGUUUGGACCUUACUCAUCCAGUAGAAGAUGGCAUUUUUGACUCUGCAAAUUUUGAACAGUUUCUACGGGAGAAGGUUAAAGUCAAUGGGAAAACUGGAAAUCUUGGGAAUGUAGUUCACAUUGAACGCUUCAAGAAUAAAAUCACAGUUGUUUCUGAGAAACAAUUCUCUAAAAGAUAUUUGAAAUACCUUACCAAGAAAUACCUCAAGAAGAAUAGUCUUCGUGAUUGGCUUCGUGUGGUUGCAUCUGAUAAGGAGACAUAUGAACUUCGCUACUUCCAGAUUAGUCAAGAUGAAGAUGGGUCUGAAUCUGAGGACUAG